CACGUCAGACACAGUGCCACGUCAGACAAAGUGCCACAUCAGCAGUGCCAUGUCAGCAACAUGACGGGCCUGCCAGGGCAACUGCCCAACGAGUCCCUUGCCGCCUACAAGCAGCGUUUCCACGCUCUGAUUGAGGCUGAGGAACAACGCCUGCUGGCAGCCGAGGCUUCCCGCGUACAGGCUGAAGAGGCAGCAGAAGCAGAACAGCUGCGGCUACAGGCCGAUGCAGACGCAGAUGCCCAGGCUCGCCGCAAGGAAGCCCAGGAUCUGCUGCAUCGGCAUGAAGCCAACAGCAUCGACAGACUCAAGUACUGGCAUUUUGAACCGAACGGCGACGAGGCAACACCGGAAGAGAAGCACAAGGAGUUCCUCUCCAAACUCGUGACACGGUUGUUGUAUGCUUGCAACUACCAAUGGUCAGAGUUGGAGAGACAGUACCGGGACCUGACGCAACAUCAUCAGGAGUUGGCGACGCUCCGCCGCACAGUGCAGGGCCACGAGGAUGCAACUCGGGCACUCAAUGCCCGAUUGUUGGACCUGGAACAGGCUGUACCAGGACCAGCUGCUGGGGCUUCCAGCAGUGCACCCUCUAGCCGCCAACUGGAGGACCGCGUUGACCACGUCGUGGCAAUGCUCGGCGACAUCAGCACUUUCGCUGCGCCGACCACCACCAUCAGCAGUCAGAUGCAUACAUUGAAGACCGAGGUCCAACAGCUACAGACGACGAACGCAAAUGGCAAUCCGAAGAUGUAUAAGAUGCCAACGUUCACUCUGGAGAGGUUCGACGACUACACGCAGCAGGAUCCGGUCCUCUGGUGGGAAUCAUUCACAACACAACUCAGGAUUCUGCCUGUAGACAAGCAUGCGUACAUCGGCGCCCUGUUCCUGAACUCAAAGGGCGGAUGCCAGACCUGGUUGACCCACCUGGCAACCUCCCACGGCGUCGACGUACCAGACUUGAAGGACGUAAUCACAUGGGAGGAACUGACACGGUUGUGGAAGAAGUGGUUCAUCGUCGACGACGCGCCAGCACUCGCCAUCAACCGACUGUUCACCAUGUCACAGGGCAACACAACAACACGGGACUGGCUCACGGAGUGGCAAAAGAUUGCGGUUGUGCCCAAUCUGAGCUUACCAUUCGAGCAUCUACGCCGUGAGUUCUACACCAGGUCCUGUGCUGCAUUGAGCCAGAUUCUUGGUGAUCGCGAGCAGUACUCAACCUUCGCGGAGAUCAUUGACAAAGCGAGGGAGAUCAUCAAGACCAACAGGUCAGCUGCACACGAGAAAUCAACAUCAUGGCAGCCGACCUAUGUGGAGAAGGUACGAACUGGUCCGCGACAGCAGCACUUCGCUGGAGUCCAGCAGGACAGUGGAGAUAACCCAGCAGCCACUCCAGCAUCAAGUGACGGACAUCAGGUGGCUGUUGUCCAGCCGCGAAGCACCAACAAGUCCCGCAACAAUGGGAAGGCGAAAUCCGCAUCGCAGGCCGGAAAUGGACAGCCAGGACAGUUUCCAUGGGUCCAAAUCUAGGUCGAGGGGCCUCAGCAGCAGUUGAACCUCAUUGGGACUAUACUGGGACACAUGCAAUGCAGGGUCUGGGACAAAGGAAAGGCUGAAUUGAGCCCAUGCAGACCCAGCGAGGAGUGGCCAGCACUAUAAAAGAAGCUGCCAGCCUCAUUCCUCGCCAGAUCUCCACUGGCCAUUUCUGCGUGGAAGUGYUGGUGYACUUGUGCRCUGAGUCAGGAGGAGCAGCGCUGGAGGAUGAAGAGGCGCUGAGUGAGGGAAGAAGCCUGUACGCUGGAAGAGAUGCAGCCAGAGCUGCCCAGCGA